GGAAUGGUACAAAUAGUGCAUCAUUUUUCGUGCGGAAAUUUCGAUUAACCUCAAGUUAUUUCUACAUAAUUCAUCGAACAAAUUCGACUGACUACUGAACUAGAGAAGAGGCUCAGAAAGAUAUAUGAUUUAUUCGCCGCAAAUCGGUUGAAUAUUUCCAAACAACCUACUAAAACUAAGUAUGCUGAUGCAAUGCAGUUGAUCCACAUGAAAACUUUUGCUCAUAGAAACGAAAAUUGCAUCUGUUCUAGGCAAAUUUAAGAUUCUAUUCUUCUUUCAAGCUGAUGGCUAAUGUAGUGCCCGUUGAGGAAACUUUGUAGAAAAUGUCGUUACAGUAUUGACAGCAUAUACGAAACGCGGACGGUUUCGAACUUUCUAAAUUCGAUUAUCGUUGCAAUAUUUAAAAAAUGUUUUCCACGUUGCGCGGGGUUUGUCCGGCGCGAUUUCAAAUAAAACGCGCGUUCGUCAUUUGUCUCGUUCCUCCUACGCGAUCGAUACAAAAAUUACCGCCUAAAGGUUUCGCGUUCAAAUGCCACAACACUGUUCCCGUGAAAAUUCGAAUCCAAAAUCGUAAAUUUCAUACAACUAAACGGCUCGACAUACCUCCACUUUUCGCGUUACUUCUUCGCCCAGUUUUGCGAAUCGGAUCUUUCAUUUUCGGUCGCACCAUCAGGAGAUGGUGGCUCAAAAAAAGCCCGAGCGAACGCGCCCAGUACACUGCUUGGUUGCAAAAACAGAAAAGAUACAUUUAUGGAACCAUCGGAUCAUUUUUCUUCGUACUGUUGGUCUAUUAUUUGGCGCAUAUCGAAAGAACCGUAGUAACAAAUCGUCCGAGGUUUAUAAUGUUCACAAAACAACAAGAGGCCGCUUUUGCCAAGCUAAUAUUCGACGCGCACCUGGAGGAGCACAAGGAUCACAUCCUGCCAAAGGAUCAUCCAAUUUACAAACGGUUACUGAAAAUAACAAACCGGAUUCUUAACGCCAACAAGGACUUGCCGUAUGUCAAGGACAAACAGUGGACUCUUAGCGUCAUCGAUAACCCGACGAAAAAUGCUUACGUUCUACCUGGUGGAAACAUGUUCAUUUUCACUGGGGCGCUACAGAUGGUUGAAAACGAAGAUCAACUGUCGUUCAUAGUAGCCCAUGAAAUGGCUCACGCGCUGCUUAAACAUUCGAUCGAGCAGGUAUCUAAUGGUUUCAUAGUGGACCUGUUACUGGUAUUUCCGAUAAUAAUAAUUUGGGCAAUAUUUCCCGACUUGAUUGCUGGACUUCUUCAAUUUCUCGGAACAUCGUUUGUAAAGAUAUUGCACGAUCUGCCCUACAGUAGAGCGCUGGAAACCGAAGCCGAUGAAGUGGGACUGACAUUGUCAGCCAAAGCCUGCAUUGACGUACGAGAGGCCGUUGUUUUUUGGGGAAUGAUGCGAACCCUGAAAGACAUGAAUUCUGAACAGGAUCAGAUACCUUGGCUUUCGACGCACCCGAAUGACGAAGAUCGAGAGAAAAAUCUCAACAGCCAAAUGGCACAAGCCAUUGCCUUGCGCAGCACUUAUCAGUGUCCAAUGUUGAAUCCGAGAGAUCCUAGGAAAAUAUUCUACGAGAAGUCUCAAAAAGAACUCGCUGCGCGUCUUAAAGAUAGUGGGAUUUUAUGAUGACCCAGGUAUUUUAGUUGAAUGGAAAUUUUGUCAUAUACGUGUGAUCAAUUUCUAUCUGUAUAUGAAUAUAAAUUAUAAAUUAUUUGCUAACGAA